GACCAGCAACUGGUGAUUCAGUACCAUUGAAUCUAGUGACAAAGUAACUACAUCCAAGCCCACGCUGCAUAGUAGGAGCAUGAGAGGACCAUCGAGGAGGCAAAAUAUGCGCGCACCCUGAUUGGUCCGCCACCCUGUCAAUCUCAUCCCUCGGUCCCCAGAGAACCCGCCUCCCAACGCCAUCAUCUGUUACACUCGGCGACAGGAGCAGCCCGAACCGUCAGGGCCAAUGUUGUGAUUUUCAUUAUUCAACGAGAUUUUAUUCAAAGGAAAAACAUCUAUUUGCAAAUGAUCUAUUGUCGAUUCUCUCUUCGCGGUGAAAGACCAAACACUUCAGGCAAUCCCGCUUCUGGCGAAGGAGCGAAUCGUAAACAUUUUCACCCCAUCUUUAAUUGAAUGGAAUGCGAAUACUCCACUGUGGUAGCCCAGUGCUUGCCUUGAAUAUAGAUAAUGGGCUGUGUGCAAUGUAAGGACAAAGAGGCAACCAAACUCACAGACGACAGAGAGACUAGUGUCUCACAGCACACGGGAUAUCGAUAUGGGGCCGACCCGACACCUCAGCACUACCCCAGCUUUGGAGUCACCACCAUUCCCAACUACAAUAACUUCCAUGCACCUGUCAGUCAGGGCGUGACUGUGUUCGGUGGAGUCAACUCUUCCUCACACUCCGGAACACUGCGUUCUCGAGGUGGAACAGGAGUGACACUCUUUGUAGCACUUUAUGAUUAUGAAGCGAGGUCAGAAGAUGACCUCAGUUUUCGGAAAGGGGAGAAAUUCCAGAUUUUAAAUAGCACGGAAGGGGACUGGUGGGAGGCUCGAUCCCUCACUACAGGUGGAACUGGAUACAUACCCAGUAAUUAUGUGGCUCCAGUAGACUCCAUACAAGCAGAAGAUUGGUAUUUUGGUAAGCUAGGCCGUAAAGAUGCAGAAAGGCAGCUGUUGUCGAAUGGAAAUCCCAGAGGCACGUUCCUUAUACGGGAGAGUGAGACCACAAAAGGUGCAUACUCCCUCUCCAUACAAGAUUGGGACGAAACUAAAGGCGAUCACGUGAAACACUACAAAAUCCGCAAGUUGGACAACGGAGGCUAUUACAUCACCACUAGAGCUCAAUUUGAAACUCUGCAGCAGCUUGUGCAUCACUAUUCUGCCAGGGCUGCAGGGCUUUGUUGCCGCUUGAUAGUCCCGUGCCAUAAGGGAAUGCCCCGCCUCGCCGACCUGUCCGUCAAAACCAAAGAUGUAUGGGAGAUUCCACGGGAAUCGCUUCAGCUCAUCAAACGACUGGGAAAUGGACAGUUCGGAGAAGUCUGGAUGGGCACUUGGAACGGCAAUACUAAAGUGGCAGUGAAGACCUUGAAACCAGGCACGAUGUCCCCAGAGUCGUUUCUGGAGGAGGCUCAGAUAAUGAAGAAACUGAGGCAUGACAAGCUAGUGCAGCUUUAUGCUGUCGUCUCCGAAGAGCCCAUCUACAUUGUCACAGAAUAUAUGAGCAAAGGAAGCUUGUUGGAUUUCCUGAAGGAUGGUGAAGGACGUGGGCUUAAAUUGCCAAAUUUAGUGGACAUGGCAGCUCAGGUUGCUGCAGGCAUGGCUUACAUCGAAAGGAUGAACUACAUCCACAGAGACCUGAGAUCUGCUAACAUACUUGUCGGAGACAGCUUAGUGUGCAAGAUUGCAGAUUUCGGACUGGCCAGGCUAAUAGAGGACAACGAAUACACAGCACGGCAAGGUGCCAAGUUCCCAAUCAAGUGGACGGCUCCAGAGGCUGCGCUUUAUGGAAGGUUUACUAUCAAGUCAGAUGUCUGGUCAUUUGGUAUACUGCUCACAGAGCUGGUAACCAAAGGACGCGUGCCCUAUCCAGGCAUGAAUAACCGUGAAGUACUUGAGCAAGUGGAGCGUGGUUACAGGAUGCCCUGCCCGCAGGACUGCCCCAGCUCCCUGCAUGAGCUCAUGCUUCAGUGCUGGAAGAGAGACCCCGAGGAGCGGCCCACCUUCGAGUACCUGCAAGCUUUCCUGGAAGAUUACUUCACUGCCACCGAACCACAGUACCAACCCGGGGACAACCUCUAAAUGCCACAACAGACUGCCCUUAGAAAGACUUUGAUGAUUAAAGCUUCCAGAUUUUGUGCCAUCUCAACCCAAUAUCUGACACAAUCCAUCUUCCAUUGAACAAGGACAUGCAAUCGCGUUAUAUCUGUCAGUAAAGCCGAACAUACAGUGUUUUGGGGAGAUACAUCGGUCGUGAUUUAAUGAUACGAAUGGCUUGUUUGUAUUUAGUGUAAAUAGUGUGUUUAGUUAUCCCUUGUAUUUGGCUUGUUUUAUUACUUUUAUAAAGCCGUUUUACGUUCUUAUCCAGGCCGUGAAAGAACAGACUCUAGGUAAAAGCAUGGAGGCGACAGAAAAGUUUUAAUAUUUACAAUGAUUCUGGAAAUCAUACGCAAACACUUGCGGUGAUAUGUCGAGCAGCCUCUUUUAAAUGACUGUCAAUUGUAUAUUGAAUUUAACUGUGUGUGUCAAAACACUCCCUCUCACACCUUGUCCUAACCAGAUGCGAUGCGAUGAUCAAGUGACAACAGAAAUCUGUCAAAUCCUAACCAAGAUAAAUUAUAUUUGGUUGCCCAGUCCAUAGUAUAAUCUCACUGUAAUAAAAUCUCAUUCGUCACACCUAUACACACAAAUAUCUAUUGUUUGACAAAUUGCUUGUCGCUGGAAAACGUAUGCAUCGCACCUGGCCAAAACAUACAGCAUAGGUAGCAUCACAAAUUAUUGUGACAUUUUUCACAGAAGGUAUUGAAGUCUGGUUUAGUGAGUUUGCUGGGCCUACUUAUUUGCACCUGCUUUUAGCAAGCGCUCGGUGUCUCUAUUUUUUUCCUGCUUCUUAGAAUGAGUGCAUUUUCUAUUUAGUCACUUCGGAUUAACGAUAGAGCAAUGUAUGUAUCAGAAUAGUAUGAGACCAAGUGGGCAUUAUGCUUGACCAUACAUGCAUCUUUCCUGCAAGAACCGCUAACAUCUUUACUGUUGUGAGAGAAAAUAAAGACAUUCAAUAACCAUGCAUUAUGAAGUAACACGACUAAAUACAUAGAGAAAAAAAUUAAAUGGUAGAAUUUCACUCGAGAUAACUCAUUGCCUUGUUUUUAUCCCUCAUUUUAUUCCUCAUGAUAAAGACAUGUCUGAAUAUUUA